CCUUCAAGAAAGUCUCCUUUUUUUUGCACAAAAAAAGGAAAAAAAAAUAGACAAGUAGUGAUGUGCAAGAGCAAAAAGUAGUGAGAGAUACUGGAGAAGAAAGAUUGCAAAAUUUGUGUUGAGAGAGAGGGUGAAGAAUAAUCAUUAGUAGUAGCAAAUGAUGGCUGGAAACCCUACUAAUUGGUGGAGCAUGAUCAUGAAUGGAAACAUGCAUCCACAAUUAUCUCAUGAUCAACAUAAUUCUUCUUCUUCAAAUUCUAAUUCUAAUUCUUCACAUUUUUAUGGAGCUCAUAAUCCAAAUCAAGAGUUUCCUCGUUCAUUGAGCCAACUUCUUAUGAGUGGAUUUUGUGGUGAUGAAGAAAAGUUUGGUAUUAGUCCUUUUCAUGCUGCCGGGAAUUCGGAAGACCAAAGUUUAAAUUCCGUCCAUCCAACAUCAUCAACAGCUAAUUUUAGGGUUCCUGUUGCUGAUGUAAAGCCAGAAUUGUAUCAUUAUCAUCAUCAUCAUCAUGUCCACAACGAAUUUCAAACAUCUUCAUCACUACAAGAAAAACUCGAAUUAGAUACUGAUCAUUUUACCAGGCCUUUAAUUGCUUCUAAUUGGUCUCAACAAGAUUUGUCUUCACCAGCUAGCUCUUGUAUUACAACUGGUUUAAGUCAUAACCUUUUGAAUUUCUCUAACAACAAAGGGGAACAUAAGCAUCAACAUCCAGAUCAUAAUUCAACUGAGUGUAACAGCACAAGCAGUGGUGGGAUUAGUAAGAAGGCUAGGGUUCAACAAUCUUCAGCUCAACCAUCUCUAAAGGUAAGAAAGGAGAAGCUAGGAGAUAGAGUAACAUCACUCCACCAACUUGUUUCUCCAUUUGGAAAGACUGAUACAGCCUCCGUCCUAUCAGAAGCUAUUGGCUACAUCAGAUUCCUUCAGGCUCAAAUUCAGGCAUUAAGCUCACCAUACUUGGGCAAUGCAUCAGGAAGCAUGGGUCACAUUCCCCAACAAUCACUGAAUUUUUUGGAUGGUAAUUUUCUGAAAAGGAGACCAGCAAAUAAGCAGGAUUCUCAGCACAAAGCGAUGGAUUUAAGGAGUAGAGGGUUGUGCUUGGUUCCUAUUUCUUGCAUGGCAAAUAUAGGAAGUGACACCGGCGCCGAUUAUUGGGCUCCAGCUCUCGGAGGAGGAUUUUGAUGUUACGAGCUGAUUGGAUUUUAAGUUAUAUACACUGACAGUGUAAAAAUACUGAGACGACAACAAACUGAUGAUAAGACGGAUCGGAGCCUCUGUGUCCUCAUGGAAUGAAUGAUAUAACAUCACAAAGCAGUCAUUCUCAGUAUGAAAGUCAGAGCUGACUGUUUGUGAUGCUAUUUUGCAUUUGAAAUCGGGUCAAUGAUAAAGUGGUAUUUUCCAAUGUACAAUAUGGUCCUAUUUUCUUGAAUUUCAUGAAUAAUCUUACUACCUUACAAGGUAGUUCAUAAGUGUUGUAUAUGUAACUUGGAAAUCCAUAGGUACAAUCAACAUAUCGUUUCGAAAAUUUUAUCUUUCUUGCAA